CUGGUUUCUAUUACUCAUGCGCCCAGCAUGUUCCUCCUUUAUGCGUUCUGGUCUUUGGUGUUGGCUUAUCUAAUCUGGACCUUGAUCCGGUUUACGAACAACUACUUGGAAGCUAAGAAGAUUGGACUGCCCAUUCUUAUCACUCCCGUCAAUCCAGCAAGCCCGUUAUGGAUGCUCACAAAGGACCGUCUCAUACCUGUCUUCACUUCCUUACCUUGGGGACUAGGUGAAUGGGCUGCUAGGGCCGAAGUCGGCUGGACUUUCUACCAAAGAUAUUCAGUCCACGCGAAGUACGGCGAGGCUUUCACGAUUGUCUCGCCCGGAACAAAUGAAAUCUACAUCGCGGAGCCCUCCGCCACGGAGGACAUAAUGCGACGGCGCAACGACUUCAUCAAGGAUCCGGCCAUGUACGGCAUGUUGAACAUCUACGGACCGAACCUUGACACCGUCAAUGGCAAGGUGUGGGAUCGCCACCGCAAAAUCACGGUCCCACCGUUCAACGAACAAAAUAGUGCCCUGGUCUGGCGCGAAACCGCAGAACAGGCAGACCAGAUGCUGAAAAUCUGGUCUGAGAAAGAUCAUGUCACAAGCACACAGCCCGACGUGCACGCCGUUGCACUCAACGUGUUGUGCGGCGCUGGCUUCGGCAUCCACAGCAGCUUUAUUGACUCGAAGCUGUCAAGUGGCGAGGACCAAACGCAGACCCAACUCGGUUAUCGAGAGAGCUUGCGGAUGUUACUUGCAAACAUUGUUCAGCUCGUCCUCCUGAGCGUUUUGAAGAAGGCUGGCUUUCCGGACUGGGUAUUCUUCGGCAAUAUGCAAAAACUCUCUGUUGCCUAUGAAGAGUUCAAGAGAUACAUGAGUGAGAUGCUGGCACAGGAGAAAACGGCCUUUGAACAGGGCGAUCUGACGAGGCAUAACCUUAUGAGCGCGUUGGUCAGAGCCUCUGAACAAUCAAACGAGACGGCACGGAGCGCACAAGAUCCUCCCGCGACAACGACUGCCGCAGGGCUCUCGGACGAAGAGGUAUACGGGAACCUCUUCAUUUACAACCUGGCUGGUCACGACACCACGGCCGCGACGCUCCAUUUCGCCAUCACGCUCCUGGCGCUUUACCCCGAGUGGCAGACCUGGAUUGCCGAAGAGAUCGAUCAAGUACGAAAAGCAGACCCGUCGGGCACGUGGUACUAUGAGGAGACUUUCCCCAAGCUGGAGCGAUGUCUGGCGCUCAUGUACGAGACAGUUCGGCUUUACGGACCUGUGGUGAUGAUGCCUCGCUACACGGGAGAUGCUGCACAGCGCCUCAGCAUCCGCGACAAAGAACACGUCAUCCCGCCAAACACCUCCGUGACCCUGAACUUCGCCGCCCUCCACUCACACCCGGACUACUGGGGACCAGACUCCACGACCUUCCGGCCUGACCGCUGGAUUGAGCCGUCCGAGGGAGAGAAGCGCGCCGAUGGCGGCGACUCCGAAUCGUCGUCCCUGCUGCAGCCCGUCCCCGGAUCGUUCGUGCCCUGGAACGCCGGCCCGCGCAUCUGCCCCGGCAAGAAAUUCUCCCAGGUCGAGUUCACCCGCGUCAUCUUCAGCCUGUUCGCCAGUGGCUCGCGGGUCGAGCUGGUCCCCGAGCCCGGCGAGAGCGAGCAGGCGACGAAAGCGAGGAUCUUGCAGGUCGUCAACGAGUCGAGGGUCGAAGUGACGUUGAAGAUGGUCGACGCCGAGAGAGUCAAGCUCCGAUGGAUCAGGAAGGCGACGAGGUCUUGAUGAUUCUUGGAUGCGAUGGGCAUGACGGCGCCGGGGAGAUAGAUAUACCGCGGCGUCCGGCACCUUUUCGCACCAGGAAGUGUAGGAUAGGAUGGACUGCGCGCUGUAGAAGCACGACAAGGAGUUGAAUGGAUUCACUUCACUGUACCAAGAAGCUACGUACCAAAAGGCGGACUUGAAUGGAUAAUAGAGCUUAGACAGUUUUUGUCGGAUGGGCCUUUUUGAAGGUGACGGGGCUGGGAGGGGUAUUUUGGUGAUCAAGCCACGACGCCGGACGUUGGGCUGAGAACAAGGGCGAGACAAUGGGGAAGAAUACUCAACGCCUCAUUGAAACUUCGAGUCACACU